AUGGACAGAGGAGCAGCACGCAGUCGCAAGCGUGAGCAGCAGGCUCAGAAGGACAAGGAGCAGACAGCCAAGCCCGCUGAAGGCUCAUCCCGCCCCGUCAAGCCCCUCCGUGGCGACAAGGGCAAGUUCAACAACAACAAGAGCCGCAAGGAUGGCGACGAGGACGACGAAGACAAGAAGGGCAAGGGCGUCCACCCGGACAGGAGGCAAGAGAAGCAAGACCCCAACCCCGAGCUGUACACCUCCAAGGCCAUCCGUACUGCCCGUGCAUUGGUGUACUCGCAACAGGCAUUCGAGCUUCCUCCCCCUGCCGAGCGUCUUGCUGGUGUCACCCGCGUGGACCUGGAGGGAAGCUCGUGCACCGACGUCUCUUGGCUCGCUGGCACUGGAGUCACCUGGCUCAGUGUCAAGGGUUGCCACAUUGAGAAGGGCUGGGACGCUAUUGGCGGCCUCGAGGGCCUCGCCGUGCUCAACAUUAGCGCCUGUGGCCGCAAGACGCUGCCCAAGGAGCUCGGCGACCUGAGCAAGCUCAAGGCAGUGGUUGCGAUGAACAACGAGUGGUCGUCUCUGGACGCCGAGGUCGUUGGCGGCUGGAGCCAACUGAACUCUCUCAUUGUCUCCCACUCACCCGUUCUCUCCUCCCUCCCUACCACGCUCUCGACCCUCCCCCACCUCGCCAAGCUCACCUUCUCCCACUGCCCCCGUCUGGAUGCCCGCGGCCUUCCCGACCUCUCGGCUCUUCCCCUCCUUCGUGACGUGCGCGCCAACAACUUGCCCCGUCUCGAGUCCCUCCCCUCCCACCUCGCUACCUGGGGAACUGGAUCCCUGGCUCUCGUUGGCAAGGACAAGGACGAUGCCGGCCGUAAGGGCGAUGGCCUCGAGGUGCUCGAUGUCGGCAACUGUUCGCUCCCCUUCUCAGCUGUUACGACUGCGUUUGGCCUCGGUCCCACCGCCACCAAGCCCAAGAACAUUUGGCACCUCCGCAUGCUCACCCUCCAGGCCAACCCUCUCGCCCUUGAGGAGCCCAAGUACGCCGAGCUCCUGCAGGCUUCCCCCGCCAUGCCCCGUUUGCAGAUCAUUGACUCGAAGCGCGUCGUUGAGCGUAAGCGUGCAGGCGUCGCUCCCGAGACCAAGCAGGAGCGUAGGGCCCGCGAGCGUCGCGAGAAGAAGAUGCAGCCCACGGGUGCCAACGCCGGUAACCAGAAGAUGAGGACCUGGGGCGGUGCCGGCAAGGACGAUGUUGAGGCCGAAGGUGACGAGAAGGAGGAGGGUGGUGACCGCAAGCGCCAGCGUGUUGAGGGCGGCAAGCCCGAGAAGCGCAGGAGGGAGGACGGCAAGUCGGACAAGCCUAGGAGCGAGCGUCCCAAGUCCGACAGGCCCAGGAGCGACAAACCUCGCGGCGACAAGCCCCGCGGUGAGCGUCCUGAGAGGUCCAGGACCGACAAGGGCGACAAGGCCGAGCGGAAGCCAGUCGAGAAGAAGCGCAAGGAGCGCUACUUUGACUUUGAGGGUGACGACGAGACCCCCGCGGCCACCGAGCCCAAGACCUCCAAGCCUUCGCCGGCUGCCAAGGGCAAGGCUCCCGCCACUCCCGCUCCUGUUUCUGCCCCCACUCCUGUCGCCGCUGCUGUGGAGGUCGCCGAGCCCGAGCGCAAGAAGCGUAAGCGCAAGCACGGCAAGAACGUCCAAGCCACUCCUGCUGUCGCCGUCCCUGUCGCCGAGAAGCCCGCAGCAGCCCCCGUACCCGUCAAGGCCGCCGAGAAGGCCACCAAGCCUGCCGUCGUCAAGCCCGCCCGUGCCCCCGCACCGGCACCUGCGCCCGUCCCCAUCCCCGCACCAGUGUCCGUGGUCAAGGCGGACCCCUCAACGGCACGCAAGACGGGCAAGCCGUCCAAGUCGCAGACUGCCGUUGUCGGUGUCGUGGACGUUGUCAAGCGUGCUGGCGGUGUCGACUUGAAGUCGAUGUUUGGCGGUGCCAAGGAGGUCGGUGCUGGCGCAAAGGACGAGGACAGCGGACUGGGUCUUGGUGGUUGGUAG